CACUGAAGACCAUUACGAUUUGGAAACGCACACUGAGGAAACCUCCACAACCGGUCUACUGGUCCUUUAGAAGCUUUCCAUUUGAAGAGACAGCACUAUGGCCAUGGUGAAGAUCUCCUCUUUUCUCGCCGUCUAUGCCUUGGUGGUGUGUCAGAUGGAUAGCUGCCAGGCAGUCCCACUCAGACCUGGCUUAGAGCCCGUCACAGACCGAGGGACGCUCGGCGACUACGAAGCUCGGAGGUUAUUAAACGCGCUGGUGAAAGAAUACGUCCAGAUGACAGCGGAAGAGCUGGAGCAGGCGAGCGAGGGAAACAGCAGUGUAACAACACAGAAGAGGGCAUGUAACACAGCGACCUGUGUGACCCAUCGUUUGGCAGACUUCCUGAGUAGGUCAGGAGGUGUGGGCAAGAACAACUUCAUACCUACCAAUGUUGGAUCAAAAGCUUUUGGCAGACGAAGAAGAAACAUUCAAAUAUAAUUUGCUGAAUGACCCCUGGAAUAUAAUUGCCAUGAAACUGAGCAGAGAAUGCCUUUUCAUUUCUCUUGAAAGCAACUUCUUCCAUAAAUCAAGAUGGCCGAAUAAAAGACUCAUUUUUGCAUCCUUCUAAUAUUGAAGAAAUGUUUUUGUUUUAAAAUUAGAUUAAAGCACUUCUGUUAUAUAUAAGAUAUAUAUCUCAAGAUAAUUAUUCAAAUUAAAUUAUUGUAUAUUCUUUUUAUAUGCAGUUCUAUUUCAAAUAAAAUGUGACAGCAUCUAUUUAUUUACUUAUUUAUCUUCUAGCAGAUCUGUGAAAUAUGACCCACGCUAUUUAUCUUGGCAAUACUGCCAAAUCUCGGGGAUUACACUAAAUUGCUGCCUAUCAAGGUAUAUCUGUAAGAUAUGGUGUGCUGUGCCUUGAUGUAAAACAUUUAACUGACAUGAUUGUACAGUAUGUUUAAAAAAAGACACUUAACAAUAUUGUAUCAUUUGUGAAUUUAUGCAAGAUUAAAAAAAGUAUUUUAGAUACACAUGGAUUGAGAAACUGAUCUUUCAUUUAAACAUUUUUAUUGCUAAUUUAUUAUGCAGCUUUUUGAAACCCUUGGCGGUGGUCACUGUUGGAUACCAGAUUCAAGAGAGCUUUGAUAAAUUUCAGUAUGGGACUUCAAUGUUCUA